AUGACCUAUGUGGCUAUUUACAGCAUUAAGAUAGAUUGGCGGACUAACGUCGGCUCGAACUUUCAGAAGUACAACAUCGAACCGAUUCAAAGACCUGGAGUCUCACUUUUUUUGAAGGGAAACGGGAGAGAGAGAGAGAAGGAUGCCGCUGGGAAGUACUACUGCGACUACUGCGACAAGCAAUUCCAGGACACCCCCGGCGCCCGCAAGCGCCAUCUCCAGGGCCUCUCCCACCUCCGCGCCAAAGCUCUCUGGUUCGACUCCCUCCACCACGAACCCAACCAGGCCUACGCCGAGGGCUACGUCAGGGGAGUCUGCAACCGCUUCGUCAACACGGGUUUCUGUCAGUACGGGGAUUCGUGCAAGUACUUCCACCCCAAGAGCGUUUCGUCUCCGGCUCCGCGGACCGCCGGCGGUAAUGCUCAGUCGACGGUGAUCCCGGGAAGUCAUCUAGUCGGGGGCACCUCUUUGCAAGGUAAUGUGGUGGUGGCAGAUGGUACGGGCACAGCCACUGCCUGGGGGAAUCUCCCUCCUUCCCUAAAGCCUCCACCUGAGGGUGGAUAUCCAUCUUUGCCUUUCAUUGACUGGGGAUAAGCAUGUCGUUUCAUCUGAAGUAUUGGGGAUAGAUGUAGCAAGAAAUUGAUGCAUCAUCUUUAAAGUGAGUUAAAAGGUUAGUCAUUCUUGUUCAGUCAUGAGCUGAAAAGUCUCUUUGUAGCAUGUAGCAAUGCUAGGUAAUUGUCUCCUACUGUUCUUGGAGCAUGUAGCUGCUUGUCAUUUUUUGGUGCAGUGGAAUGGUGAGUUCCUUAUGUUGCUUUUCAGCAUGUGGUUUGCUUACUGGUCAAUGAACCAUCUAAACCUCUGCUAAAAAGGCUGAGAGCAAUAAUGAAAAUGAAUAGUCCAUGGAAGUAGGAGAUGGUGAACUAAACAUAUGCACUUUUGCAAGUAGGACUUCUCAUAAGUUAUGGGUUGACAUCUUAUCCCAACUCAUGGAGACGUGACCAAGCUUGUGCAUGAAAAUACAAAUUUGAAAAAAUGAGAUAUAUCUGUUGAGCCAACUGCAGCUUGUGCAUGGAUCAGUCUUCAAAAUGUGGAAGUACAACCUGUUGAAUUGGAUAGUGAAAAAUUGGUGCCUGUUGCAAAUCUUUGGCAUCUUUAUUGACUCCAAAUGUAAGUGAAUGUAAGUGAGAAGUCUCAUUAGGUUUUGAAUGUUCAUGAAACAUGAGUUGCAUGACUUUGGGUCUCAUUUGCUUGAUGUGAAGUUUAUGGCGUAAUGCAGCAUACAUUUGUAUUGAUGAGAAUGUACGGUGACAUCCCACAUUUAUAUAGCUCUAAUUAGCUGUCC